AUGACUUUGAACUUGAUCAAAGACGGAGCUAUGGUCCCAGGUUCUGCAUCACUUCUACAGGCGAAAUUCGACAAAACAACAGCAUUCGACUUUCAUCUUUUCACGGACGAAGCCAACGAUUCUUUGACAGUAGACUGCGACAUAAAAAUUUGCACCGAGGCUUCGACCGAUUCUCUUUGUCAAAAACGACAAUUAGAGAUUUAG